AUGGCUAUCGAAAAGCUUGAACAACUCGACGUAGUAGAACUUGCUGGUAAUUCAACUGAAAAUGAAAAAAUUGUUAAUUAUAUCAACGAUCUAAAUGAACAUUUCAAAAUUAAACAAGUUCAUAUAAUUGAAAGUCCAACAAAAAUAAUUUAUCAGUUACGAUUUGAAGAUCAAAGUGAUGUAAAUAUAGUUAAAUUCAUGUUAAAAUCCUCGCAAAAGUAAAUAGAAAAUAAGAAUAACGCGUUAUUAGAAAUCGAUAAAUCAUCAAAUCUAAAUGAUUCAUAUUGUUGUUCAAAUGAGCAUUCAUUAUCAAAUUCUUCAACACGAUUAUCUGAUACAGAAUCUGUUGAAACUAUAUUUUCAAUGUUAAUGAAUCAACGAAAAGCACUUUAG